AUGCUGCCGCAACUUCUCGACCCGUCCGAGGGCAUCCUGUUCUGCGCCUUGGUGGCGGCUGGCUUUGUGGGCUCGUUCUAUCUCUUCCCGGGUGCGCUCUUCGCCUCGCGGAAUGAUCCUGCCGUUAUCAGGAACCGAUUCAAGGCCUCCCUGGGCUCAUGCGUGGUUAGCUCGGUCUCGAUGGUCCUCCUCCUCCAAUAUAAAGGCGUUAUUGGAUACGAGGUCUCCAUUCUCGGUUUAUUCCACAGCCUCGGAUUCCGCUUCGAUGGGCUCAUGGCCGCGCUGUUCUUGCCGCUACUCCUGACGGCCGUCAUCUUCUUUGGUCCGAUUAUGUCGGAGGGACUGAUCCACGAAGCGCUUCCCUUCCAGCCGGGCUUCAACUCUGCGUUUAACAUCUUCGCGCUUCGGACCUAUGUCGUGGGACCGAUCGUCGAGGAAAUCGUCUUUCGGAUGUGCAUGAUUCCACCACUCAAGGCCAGCGGAUUCUCCAACGUAGCCAUCAUCUUUGGGUCUCCUCUCUUUUUUGGAAUCGCCCAUCUGCAUCAUGCCUGGGAGGCGUAUCGUCAAGGCGGAUCUACCCCACACGCACUCAGACAAGCAGUCUCGAGCUCGAUCUUCCAGCUGGCGUAUACGUCUGUCUUUGGCGCAUAUAGUGCAUUUCUCUUCCUGCGGACAGGCCAUAUCGCUGCACCAAUACUCUGCCACAUGUUUUGCAAUUACUUGGGAUUCCCUGAUUUCGAAGCCAUCCGGCACGACCCUAAACUCAAGACAGCUCUGAUGGCAUGCUACGUUGGCGGUGUGGCUGCCUUUUCCUUUAUGCUGUUCCCUUUGACGGAGCCCGGCAUGUAUCAUUCGGUCUUGUGGUAG